UUUUUGUAUAUAUUCAUUCACGGAAAUCCAUCACGAAAGUCUUUCAGAGUUCAGUUGUAGUGUUAUAAACAUGGCAAGACAGACUGGACAACUUCUUAAACAACURCGAUCACUGAUGAGAGGGAACAUAAAGGCAAACAUAAGGGAACCUAUACAAGCAUAUAUCAUUCCUUCAUGUGAUGCACACCAGAGUGAAUAUUUAGCUAACUGUGAUCUUCGACGAGGGUUUAURUCUGGUUUUGAUGGGUCGGCAGGUACAGCAAUAGUAACAAUGCAAAAAGCAGCUUUAUGGACUGAUGGAAGAUACUUCCUACAAGCAGAAAAACAACUGGAUGCUAAUUGGACAUUAAUGAAGGAUGGUUUACCAGACACUCCAAGUCAAGAAAAAUGGUUAACUGAGGAACUUCCCUCAGGGUCAAAGGUCGGUGUUGAUCCAUUCCUUAUGUCACAUGCUCAGUGGGAAAAGAUGGCAAAGGUAUUAAACUCAGCAGGAUUAUCAUUAGUUGCCAUAGAUACUAACCUGGUAGACAUGAUAUGGCAAAAACAUGACCGACCCUCCCCUCCCUCAGAUGGAGUAACUGUCCUUGGUAUAGAAUACACAGGUAAAACAUGGCAGCAAAAGAUCAAAGAAGUACGCUUGGAUCUCACCAAGAAAAAGGCGUACGCCUUUGUGACUACAGCGCUGGAUGAUGUGGCUUGGUUAUUUAACCUCCGAGGUUCAGAUAUUGACUAUAAUCCAGUCUUCUUUGCAUAUACAAUAGUGACAAUGGAUAACGUCAGCUUAUUCAUUGAYGAAACAAAACUUGAUGUUUCUGCAAGAARGCACCUUAGUAUCAAUGGUGAUGGUGGAGAUGGGGUUGACCUCAUUAUUCAUGAAUACAGUGAUAUAAAGUCUUCUGUUAAACAACUUGUUGAAAAUGAUAGAAAAAUAUGGAUCAGCAAAACGUCAAGUGUUGCACUGACUUCAAUUGUUCCAGAGGCAAAUCUCAUCACUGAAAACUCUCCUAUCACUUACCUCAAAGCAUUGAAAAACAGCACUGAAAUAGAGGGCAUGAGACAGGCUCAUAUUCGUGAUGCUGUUGCUCUCACCGAAUUUUUCUGCUGGCUUGAGCAAGAGGUCCCAAAAGAUGAAUUAACUGAAAUCACUGCAUCUGAUAAACUAGAGGAGUUGCGUAGGGAUCAAGAUGAUUUUGUAAGUCUCAGUUUCCCUACGAUAUCCGGUGUUGGAUCAAAUGGAGCCAUUAUUCAUUAUCGGUCCUCUAAAGAAACAGAUCGCAUGAUUUCAAGAAACGCGCUGUAUUUGUGUGACUCUGGCGCCCAGUACAAGGAUGGUACAACCGAUGUUACUCGUACAGUACAUUUUGGAACACCAAAUCGAUAUGAACAGGAAUGUUUUACAAGAGUUUUUAAAGGUCACGUGGCCUUGGCGUCAGCGGUAUUCCCCAACAAGACGACAGGUCACAGGAUGGAUAUCCUAAGUCGUAAGGCAUUAUGGGAUGUUGGGCUAGACUUUCAGCAUGGUACAGGACAYGGUGUCGGGGCGUUCCUGAAUGUGCACGAAGGUCCACAGAGAAUAAGCUUCCGUGCAAGAGAAGACGAAGUACCAUUCGAAGAAGGAAUGAACAUUACAAUAGAACCUGGGUAUUAUGAAGAAGGCAAGUUUGGAAUUCGUAUCGAAAAUGUCUAUAAUGUCAAGAAAGUUGAGUUAGAGCACAACUUUCUUGGAAAAGGUUUCCUAGGAUUUGAACCAUUCACACUGUUCCCAAUACAAACCAAGAUGCUGAUACCAUCCAUGUUAACACAAGAAGAGAUCGAUUGGCUGAACAACUACCACGAACUUUGUGCAGAAAAAGUUGGAUCUGCACUUCGAGAGCAGGGCAAACACGAAGCACUCAGUUGGCUGUUGAAAGAAACAAGUACGCUAGGAUGAAAACACCCUUCGCCUGCC